AUGGAUUCCAGAAACGCGGCGCAGCAGAUGAUCGACGGGAAGGGAUCGUCAAAGACCCAGAGACGGUCCUCCCUCUCGUCCAUGAAGUCCCCAAUGAGGGUAUUCAGAAGUCUCAGCAUUGGUUCACAAAUGUCACAUGGCUCCAAUGCCUCUGACCCUGACAUUGCGGGCCAUGGCACAGAGAGACGCAAGUCCACCCUGCGGAAAACUAGGCCGCCGACAGACAGGCAAGAUCUCGGGCGUCGCCCCUCCAAGGCAUCCUCAGAAGAUUACAUCGAAGUCCUCUCCAAUUCGACGAGACCGACGACGCCCUCGGGCGGUUGCAGUCGAGGUACUAGUAUUUCUGGUGAUGGAACAACAGUGGUCAAAUUUGGACCCCUGAAGGAAGAGUCAUCAGUUUUGAGGACGAGGAGGGAGCACCUGGUUUUGACCACUACAGGACUGUUCAAGUUCAAAAAUCGUCAGGUGGCUAUUGAACAAUUUCCACAAGUUUCUUUCACAGCAAACACCAGCGACGGCUUGACCCGUGUUGAGUCGAUUGCCUCUGUUCGGGACGUUGGCGUCGGGGCCGAGGUUCACAUUCCCUUGGACAGGGUCAUUACGGUCUACAAGGAUGAAGGGACGAAGCCAAGUUUUGGGUUGGAGGUAUGGUGGAAGGACCACUCCAACACUGGUUAUUAUGCAAACAUUGAGCUCAACUUUGCCCUUCCAGAGGACCGGGAUGACUGGUUGAAGCAAAUCCAACAUGCAGUUAGGCAGCGAACAAAAGCUUCCUGGGUAGACGACUACCAUAUGUCAAUGGACCAGGAACUCGAAUUGGAUCUGGCUCGCAUCCUCGAAGCGAAAUACCCACACCAGAGCGCUCACCUGGACAUAUACCCCGUAGUCCCCCGUAGACCAUACGGACCACUGCGAUCAAACUCGAACGAAUCCAAGAAAGGCUUCAGGGACAAUUCCUGCUUCUAUUUGGCUUUUAGCAAAAACAUUUGUUUUCUAGCACAAUUUACUAGGUCGCCCACGGGUCACAAGGUUAAUCCCAGCGUCGUUCAAUAUGGCUUGGUCACACUUUCAAAGGUCAAUGCUCAUGCCAAUGAUGAGAGGUUUGACUUGAUCUUCAGAUUACCACUAGACAGGCCAAAGAAGCUUGAGCUCUCAAGUCAAUAUCAUAGAAGUAUCGUGUCGCGUCUGUUCAAAUCAGACACAUAUCUGAAGCCAGCUUGGCCACUAUGGACUCGACGGGAGACAUUUCUCAUUGAGGGAGAGUCGCAACAGAUGCCCCUACCCUCGGGCGAGGACUAUGGCGGGUUCAAGAGAACGCUUGAAGCAUUCCUGGAAGGCUAUCAUUCCGCCCCAGUUGAAUGGAAGGUCAAUUGGCGAGACGUCAAAUACCCUCCAGAAUUUCAGUUGCUCCCACCAGCCAAGAGCACCACAUACAGCCCUCAUCAGCUUCUCGCCGUAUUCAGAGCUCUGCGUUUCAACGACUUUUUCAAGUCUCUGUCAUUUCGUGGCGUGGACUUUUCCACCUUGUCUAAUCUCUCUGACAAUGCAUUCCGAAUGGAGCCUACUGCCUGGCUUUCUAGAACAGGUAAGCACCUCACCCGUGACGAAUUUGAAAUUGUGGAAAAGUCCUCAGUUUUGUUCCAAGAGGUAGUCGCCAUGCUAUUGGGGUCAGAGUCCAUUCGACACGUUGAUUUUAGCGAUGUACUUUCCAAGGCCACGCCUCCAACAUUGGCCACAUCGUCUUCUCCCGGAAAUGCAGGAUGCGAGAUUGUCCCUCCAAUUAUUCUCCUCAUUCGAUCGUUGCAGAGUCGCUGCAAAUCCAUCAUUCUCAGUGGCAACUCUAUGGAUCAGAUCGAUGUCUCAGAGAUAUGUCAAACACUUCAGUCGCAGCCCAAAACCUUGAGGGGACUGGGCUUUUCUCGGUGCCAGCUAGAUGAAAUGGCCAUGGUCACUCUUUGGGAAGGAAUCCAUGAGCAACGUCAAAGCCUUGAAUUUCUAGACCUUUCUGGCAACUUUGGCGGUCUUGCUGCGAGUAGGGUAGCACAAACUUUGCGCGAGGCCACCAACCUACGCAAAUUGGAUCUCUCCUACUGUCUCAAGGGAACGCUAGACGGCCCCCUCCUUAAGCCGUGGACUUCGUCUCCCUAUAAAGAUCCUUGGCGACUCGAGGAAAUCAAUUUGUCAGGAUGGAAGAUCAACUUUGACACCAUCAGUGGACUUCUUCGAUAUCUGGAGCUUGAAGAGUCGGACUGUCUUCAUCAACUAAUGUUGAACAAUUGUGGAAUCUCUGGAGAAGUUGCCACCGCCAUACUUUGUCGGGUUGGAAAGUAUCGAGACAUGCAUCUUCACUUGAACAGCAACCCACUCGAGGCUGGGUCCGUGGACUGGAUCGAACUCAUUCAUGGUGACGAAACUCCCCGCAAGUUGAGUUUGGAUAUGAUUGAGUUCAAGCACGUGGCCAACUUUGACAAGCUCUUGAAAGCACUGGCCAAGAACACAACUCUGGAGUAUUUGAGUCUCAUCGGAACGGGACCGCCAGGCCGUGCCAGCCCUCAAACUUCGGAUUUGUUAUCGACUUUUCUAGAGGAGAACCACACAUUGCAAUACCUGGACUUUUCUGGCUACAGCGGAAAGCUCGAGGACGCACAUCUUGGUUGGGGGCUCUCGGGCGCUUUGGGGGGGUUGAAACACAACGAGACACUUCGCCAGCUUCGAGUCCGUAACCACGACAUGGGCUCGGCAGAGGAUAUUACGGAACUUUGCAGAGUAAUUGCACUAAACAAGGGGCUAGCAAUGCUCGAUAUGCAGAACAACAACUUUGACCAUCAUCAAUUGGCAAAACUUGUACACGCGCUGGAUUUGAACCAGCAGAUUAUGUCAUUCCCUAUUUCCGAAACAGACAGGACAAGCGCUCUGGAGAAGGAGAGGCAGGUUUUCAUCAAGACUCUUAAAAAGCCGUACAAAGGCUCGCUUGGAAAAUCAGAUACGGCCCGUUUGGAAGGAAUCUUGGACUGGCUCCGCCAACAUUGGAGCUCCGAGACGCAGAAGGCAGAAGCGAUAUUACAAAGGAACCAGGAGAACCCGCUCAAUCAUGAACUAGAGUUCGACAAGGAAUGCUUAGAUGCCUGGGACGAUAUACGACUUCCUACAUGGUUGACUAGGAAAUCCUCAGGACGCGACAAGACCCGAGCAAGAGAUACCAUGAUAUCUAGGUCGAGCACAUUUAUCGACUCCAACGAGGGCAUGUUGUCUCGAUCAAGCACAUUUAGCGAGCCCCGAGACGCCACAUUGUCUAGAUCGGGCACGUUUGGCGAGAUCCCAAGCACUUCUGCCUUUCCGGGUGUACUAGGAAGUCGAGCUUUUGGCCCUUCUGAGCCUACGCUUGGCACCUAUACCAUUGAAGAAGAAGAUUUGUCCUCGGUAGCUGGGCCCAGUCCUUCGUCUUUUGGUGGUAGUACGGAUGAGGACAGAGCUGUAGCCGAUCGUGGUUCAAGGUCACAAAGGGAUGAUCUUUGGAUGAAGCCCCAUGCCAAGUAG